GGAAGUUACGGAACCGCUCUUGCCGGGGUCUCGGUUGAGCCUCGUACGCGCCGGCUUUAGCAUCCCUAGCCGGGCAGGUGGGAGGCUCCGGGGUUCUGGCUCCCGAGGCCGCGGCUCGGCCCCGCCAGCGACAUGGCCAGCUCCGGAGAGGACAUAUCCAAUGAUGAUGAUGACAUGCACCCUGCAGCAGCCGGGAUGGCGGACGGGGUCCACCUCCUGGGGUUCUCCGACGAGAUCCUCCUUCACAUCCUGAGCCACGUCCCCAGCACAGACCUGAUUCUGAAUGUCCGGCGGACCUGCCGGAAGCUCGCAGCCCUGUGCCUUGACAAGAGCCUCAUCCACACUGUGCUGCUGCAAAAGGACUAUCAGGCAAGCGAGGAUAAGGUGAGGCAGCUGGUGAAGGAGAUCGGCCGGGAGAUCCAGCAGCUGAGCAUGGCUGGCUGCUAUUGGCUGCCCGGUUCCACUGUGGAGCACGUGGCCCGCUGCCGCAGCCUGGUGAAAGUGAACCUCUCGGGCUGCCGUCUCACCUCCCUGCGCCUCUCCAAGAUGCUCUCGGCCCUGCAGCAUUUGCGCUCGCUGGCCAUCGACGUGAGCCCCGGCUUCGACGCCAGCCAGCUGAGCAGCGAGUGCAAGGCCACGCUGAGCCGCGUGCGGGAGCUCAAGCAGACGCUGUUCACGCCCUCCUACGGCGUGGUGCCCUGCUGCACCAGCCUGGAGAAGCUGCUGCUCUACUUCGAGAUCCUGGACCGCACGCGCGAGGGCGCCAUCCUCUCGGGCCAGCUCAUGGUGGGCCAGAGCAACGUGCCGCACUACCAGAACCUGCGCGUCUUCUACGCGCGCCUGGCUCCCGGCUACAUCAACCAGGAGGUGGUGCGGUUGUACCUGGCUGUGCUUAGCGACCGCACGCCCCAGAACCUCCACGCCUUCCUCAUCUCCGUCCCUGGCAGCUUCGCAGAGAGCGGUGCCACCAAGAACCUCCUGGACUCGAUGGCGCGCAAUGUCGCGCUGGACGCUCUGCAGCUGCCCAAGUCCUGGCUGAAUGGCUCUUCCCUCCUGCAGCACAUGAAAUUCAACAACCCGUUCUACUUCAGCUUCAGCCGUUGCACCUUGUCGGGAGGUCACCUGAUCCAGCAGGUCAUCAACGGCGGGAAGGACCUGCGGAGCCUGGCCAGCCUGAACCUCAGCGGCUGCGUCCACUGCCUGUCCCCGGACUCCCUGCUGCGCAAGGCGGAGGACGACAUUGACAGCAGCAUCCUGGAGACGCUGGUGGCGUCCUGCUGCAACCUGCGCCACCUGAACCUCUCGGCUGCCCACCACCACAGCUCUGAGGGCCUGGGCCGCCACCUCUGCCAGCUCCUGGCCCGGCUGCGUCACCUGCGUUCCCUCUCCCUACCAGUCUGCUCAGUCGCCGACUCUGCGCCGCGUGCGGACCGCGCACCCGCCCAGCCCGCCAUGCAUGCCGUGCCGCGGGGCUUCGGCAAGAAAGUGCGCGUGGGCGUGCAGUCCUGUCCUAGCCCCUUCUCGGGCCAGGCGGGCCCCCAGCCCUCAUCAGUGUUCUGGUCUCUGCUGAAGAACCUGCCCUUCCUGGAACACCUCGAGCUGAUCGGGUCCAACUUCUCCUCUGCCAUGCCGCGCAACGAGCCGGCCAUCCGCAACUCGCUCCCGCCCUGCAGCCGCGCGCAGAGCGUCGGGGACUCGGAGGUGGCUGCCAUCGGUCAGCUGGCCUUCCUGCGGCACCUGACGCUCGCACAGCUGCCCAGCGUCCUGACGGGCUCCGGGCUGGUCAGUAUCGGCCUGCAGUGCCAGCAGCUGCGAUCCCUGUCGCUGGCCAACCUGGGCAUGAUGGGGAAGGUGGUGUACAUGCCCGCGCUCUCGGACAUGUUGAAGCACUGCAAGCGGCUGAGGGACCUCAGGCUGGAGCAGCCCUACUUCAGCGCCAACGCCCAGUUCUUCCAGGCGCUGAGCCAGUGCUCCUCGCUGCAGCGCCUGUGCCUGGUCUCCCGCAGUGGCACCCUCCAGCCGGACGCCGUGCUGGCCUUCAUGGCCCGCUGCCUGCACGUCGUCAUGUGCCACCUGUUCACCGGGGAGUCCCUCGCCACCUGCAAGAACCUGCAGCAGUCUCUCCUCCGCAGCUUCCAGGCUGAGUGACUUACAUCUUCCCUCUGCUCCACAAGGGCCUGACCAACAUCAUCCGGGACAUCCCCCUGGUGCACCUGGAUGAGAUCGCCUUAUUUAAGAGUCGAGUGGCUGAGGAACUGCCGAACCUGUGGUGGUGAGAGGCCAAGCUGCUGCCCAUUGGUCUGAGUCCACCACAAGAUGCUGCAGGAGCCUGGGACACCAGGGACCCUUGGUUUGUGACAAGAUGAAGGGGGCCCUCUCUCCCCUCGGCUGGCACACACCCCAUCUGACUCUUGGGGCUCCCAGUGUCUCCAUGGCUCUCUCAUGGGAACUGUUGCUCUGUGAAGUUUGGGUCAAGGGAAUAUGCUCUGGGUGAUGUGAAAGGCUCGGGGACAGUCAAUGUGGGGCCUGGCUGAACCAGGCUGAGUCUUGGGACCUGGCUGUGGCAUUGGUGCACUGAGCUUCAAUCUCUGUGGGCCCUGUUUAUGGCUUGGAGGGCCAGAACCCUGUCCCACUGCCCUUUCGCUCUGACCGGGAAGCAUGUCCCUUGGCUGUUGUGUUUGUGGUCGACCUGCUGCCUGUGCCUGGCAGAUGGGCAGCCACAUGCUGUCCCCCUGAAGUCUAGUUCGCCAGGCUGGUCACCUUGUGUCUGAGUAUCCCCUUUUGUGGUCAAGUGCGAUGUGGGGAUGUGGCUGCAGACUUGGGGCUCUUCUGUCCCUUUGGGACACACUAGAACCCCCUCAUGUCUCUGUGGCUUUUUCUAGCCAGAUGAUGUCUGUGGCCCCAGAGAGGGCCCCUGGGUUGGGACUGCUGGUUGGAGUGUCCCCCUGUGGCUUUUUGGCCCCAGGAACAGAGUUUCUCACUAGAGACGCCUCCUCCCCUCCCACCCUCCUGUGGGCCCUCAGCCUCCCUGGGAAGGUCCACGUGGCCUCCUGGGCAGAUUGAUGCACAUUCGGCCUUGUUAGAGUAAUGUGAAACAUUAAAACUCAGAAAGGAUUCGUAAGGCUGGAGUAGCAAUACAUUACCCUGUUUCAAAUGACUUUAAGACCUAAAAAAUAUUUGGCCUGUUUGGGAGUGCUCAUGCUUGUAAUCCCAGCACUUUGGGAGGGCCAAGGCCGGUGAAUCACGAGGUCAGGGAGUUCGAGACAAGCCUGGUCAUUAUGGUGAAACCCUGUUUCUACUGAAAUACAAAAUGAGCUGGGCAUGCUGGUGGGCACCUGUAAUCCCAGCUACUCAGGAGGCUGAGGCAGGAGAAUUGUUUGAACUCAGGAGGCAAAGGUUGCAGUGAACUGAGAUUGAGCCAUUGCAUGCCAGCCUGGGUGACAGGGCGAGACUCUGUCUC